AUGGCGUCCCAACCAAAUUCCUCUGCGAAGAAGAAAGAGGAGAAGGGGAAGAACAUCCAGGUGGUGGUGAGAUGCAGACCUUUUAAUUUGGCAGAGCGGAAAGCUAACGCCCAUUCAAUAGUAGAAUGUGAUCAUGUACGAAAAGAAGUUAGUGUACGAACUGGAGGACUGGCCGACAAGAGCGCAAGGAAAACAUACACUUUUGAUAUGGUUUUUGGAGCAUCUACUAAACAAAUUGAUGUUUACCGAAGUGUUGUUUGUCCAAUUCUGGAUGAAGUUAUGAUGGGCUAUAAUUGCACUAUCUUUGCAUAUGGCCAAACUGGCACUGGAAAAACCUUUACAAUGGAAGGUGAAAGGUCACCUAAUGAAGAGUAUACCUGGGAAGAGGACCCCUUAGCUGGUAUAAUUCCACGUACCCUUCAUCAAAUUUUUGAGAAGCUUACUGAUAAUGGUACUGAAUUUUCAGUCAAAGUGUCUCUGUUGGAAAUUUAUAAUGAAGAACUUUUUGAUCUCCUUAAUCCAUCUUCUGAUGUUUCUGAGAGACUGCAGAUGUUUGAUGAUCCCCGUAACAAGAGAGGAGUGAUAAUCAAAGGUUUAGAAGAAAUUACAGUGCAUAACAAGGAUGAAGUCUAUCAAAUUCUGGAAAAGGGGGCAGCAAAAAGGACAACUGCAGCAACAUUGAUGAAUGCAUACUCUAGUCGUUCCCACUCAGUUUUCUCUAUUACAAUACAUAUGAAAGAAACUACAAUUGAUGGAGAAGAGCUUGUUAAAAUUGGGAAGUUGAACUUGGUUGAUCUUGCAGGAAGUGAAAACAUUGGCCGUUCUGGAGCUGUUGACAAGAGAGCUCGGGAAGCUGGAAAUAUUAAUCAAUCUCUGUUGACUCUGGGAAGGGUUAUUACUGCUCUUGUAGAAAGAACACCUCAUGUUCCUUACCGAGAAUCUAAGCUAACUAGAAUCCUCCAGGAUUCUCUUGGGGGGCGUACAAGAACAUCUAUAAUUGCAACAAUUUCUCCUGCGUCUCUCAAUCUUGAGGAAACUCUGAGUACAUUGGAAUAUGCUCAUAGAGCAAAGAACAUAUUGAAUAAGCCUGAAGUUAAUCAGAAACUCACCAAAAAAGCUCUUAUUAAGGAGUAUACGGAAGAGAUAGAGCGUCUGAAACGAGAUCUGGCUUCAGCCCGUGAGAAAAAUGGAGUGUACCUUUCUGAAGAAAAUUUUAGAGCCAUGAAUGGAAAAUUAACUGUUCAAGAGGAACAGAUUGUAGAAUUGAUUGAAAAAAUUGGUGCCCUUGAAGAGGAGCUAAGUAGGGUUACAGAGUUGUUUAUGGAUAAUAGAAAUGAACUUGACCAGUGUAAAUCUGACCUGCAACAUAAGACACAGAAACUUGAAACCACUCAAAAACAUUUGCAAGAAACUAAAUUACAACUUGUUAGAGAAGUAUAUAUCACAUCAGCUUUGGAAAGUACUGAGGAGAAACUUCGUGAUGCUGCCAGCAAGUUGCUUAACACAGUUGAAGAAACUACAAAAGAUGUAUCUGGUCUCCAUUCCAAACUGGAUCGUAAGAAGGCAAUUGACCAACACAAUGCAGAAGCUCAGGAAAUUUUUGGCAAAAACCUGAAUAGUCUGUUUAAUAAUAUGGAAGAAUUAAUUAAGGAUAGCAGUUCAAAACAAAAGGCCAUGCUAGAAGUUCACAAGACCUUGUUUGAUAAUCUGCUGUCUUCCAGUGUCUCUGCAUUAGACACCAUUACUACAACAGCACUUGGAUCUCUCACGUUUAUUCCAGAAAAUAUGUUUACUCGUGUUUCUCAGAUUUCUGAUAUGAUAUUAAAAGAACAGUCAUUAGCAGCAGAAAGUAAAACUGUACUGCAGAAAUUGAUUAAUGUGCUUAAGACUGACCUUCUAAGUUCACUGGAAAUGAUUUUAUCCCCCACGGUGGUGUCUGUUUUGAAAAUCAAUAGUCAAUUAAAGCAUAUUUUCAAGACAUCAUUGAAAGUGGCUGAAAAGAUAGAAGAUCAGAAAAAGGAAAUGGAUAAUUUUCUCAGUAUACUGUGUAACAAUCUACAUGAACUCCAAGAAAAUACAGUUUCUUCCUUAGUAGAAUCACAGAAGCUAUGUGAAAACUUAACUGAAGACCUGAAGACAGUAAAGCAAACCCAUUCACAGGAACUUUGCCAGUUAAUCAAUGUUUGGGCAGAGAGAUUCUGUGCUUUGGAGGAAAAGUGUGAAAACAUCCAGAAACCACUCAGUAUUGUCCAAGAAAAUACAGAGCAGAAAUCUAAAGACAUAAUCAACAAAACAACUUUUCACAGUAAAAAACUUUGUGCUGAUUUUGAUGGCUUGUCACAGGAGCUCAGACAUUUUAACCAAGAAGGUACCAAAUUGGUUGAAGAGUCUGUGAAAUACUAUGAUAAACUCAGUAGCAACCUGGAAAAAAUAUCUCACGAGACUGAACAGAGAUGUGAGUCUCUUAACACAAGCACAGUUUAUUCUUCUGAACAGUGGGUGUCUUGCUUAAAUAAAAGGGAAGAGGAACUUCACAAUUUAUUGGAGGUUGUAAACCAAUAUUGUGAGGCUUCAAGUUCAGAGAUCACUGAAAAAUUAAGUGGACACAAAGCAGCUAAUGAGAACCAGCAUAACAUUUUUCUUGAUCAGAUAACUAUUGAUGAAGAAAAAUUGUUAACACAAAAUCUAGAACUUAAAGAAACUAUACAAAUUGGUUUGACUAAGCUUAAUUGCUUUCUGCAGCAGGAUCUGAAACUGGAUAUCCCAACAGGUACGACACCACAGAGGAAAAAUUAUUUAUACCCAUCAACACUAGUGAGAACUGAACCACGUGAACAGCUCCUUGAUCAAUUGAAAAGGAAACAGCCUGAGCUCUUAAUGAUGCUAAACUGUUCAGAAAACAAAAAAGAAGAGACCAGUCAGGACAUGGAUAUAGAAAAUGCAGUUCAGGGGCAAUAUGAUGAAGAACCUCUGAGUCAAGACCCAUCUGUAGAUGCUAAUGUGGAUUGUUCGUCAAGUGGCGGGGUUCCGUUUUUCCAGCAUAAAAAAUCAUAUGGAAAAGAUAAAGAAAACAGAGGCAUUAAUCCAGUGGAGCGGUCUAAAGUGGAAGAAACAACAGAGCACUCUGUUACAAAGAGCAGAUUACCUCUACGAGCCCAGAUAAACCUUUAG